UAGCAAAGUAAAGUUAGCAACAAAACGCACAGCAGCACGUAAACAAGUCUGCAAAUUGUGACCGGAAGUUGUGACCUGAAGUUAUGAAACCAAACACACUCUAUCAUUCACAAACACAUACUACUGGUAGUACUCGUAUGAUGAGGUACUACUGGUACUACUGGUACGCUAAGGCAAUACUGGUAUGAUAAGGUAAUACCGCUAAUACUUUUACGAUAAGGUAAUGCUGGUAAUACUGGUACGAUAAGGCAAUACUGGUACAAUAAGGUAAUACCGGUAAUACUGGUACGAUAAGGUAAUACCGGUAAUACUGGUACGAUCAGGUAAUACUGGUACAAUAAAGUAAUACCGGUAAUGCUGGUAUGAUAAGGUAAUACUGGUAGGAUAAGGUAAUAUCGGUAAUACUGGUACGCUAAGGUAAUACCGGUAAUACUGGCACAAUACAGUAAUACUGGUACGAUAAGGUAAUACUGGUAUGAUAAGGUAAUACCAGUAAUAAUGGUACGAUAAAGUAAUACUGGUAUGACAAGGUAUACCAGUAAUACUGGAAAGUUGUCAGGUAGCAAAGUAAAGUUAGCAACAAAACGCACAGCAGCACGUAAACAAGUCUGCAAAUUGUGACCGGAAGUUGUGACCUGAAGUUAUGAAACCAAACACACUCUAUCAUUCACAAACACAUACUACUGGUAGUACUCGUAUGAUGAGGUACUACUGGUACUACUGGUACGCUAAGGCAAUACUGGUAUGAUAAGGUAAUACCGCUAAUACUUUUACGAUAAGGUAAUGCUGGUAAUACUGGUACGAUAAGGCAAUACUGGUACAAUAAGGUAAUACCGGUAAUACUGGUACGAUAAGGUAAUACCGGUAAUACUGGUACGAUCAGGUAAUACUGGUACAAUAAAGUAAUACCGGUAAUGCUGGUAUGAUAAGGUAAUACUGGUAGGAUAAGGUAAUAUCGGUAAUACUGGUACGCUAAGGUAAUACCGGUAAUACUGGCACAAUACAGUAAUACUGGUAUGAUAAGGUAAUACUGGUAUGAUAAGGUAAUACCAGUAAUAAUGGUACGAUAAAGUAAUACUGGUAUGACAAGGUAUACCAGUAAUACUGGUACGCUAAGGUAAUACAGGUAAUACUGGUACGAUAAGGUAAUACUGGUACGAUAGGGUAAUACUGGUACGAUAAGGUAAUACGGGUACGAUGAAGGUAAUACUGAUACGAUAAGGCAAUACUGGUAAUACUGGUACGAUAAGGUAAUACUGGCACGAUAAGGUAAUACUGGUACGAGAAGGUAAUACCGGUAAUAAUGGCACGAUAAGGUAACACUGGUACGAUAAGGUAAUACCGGUAAUACUGGUAUGAUAAGGUAAUACUGGUAAUACUGGUACGAUAAGGUAAUACUGGUACGAUAAGGUAAUACCGGAAUGAUAAGUGGAACUGGAUGCGAUGUCUUGUGAAUGUCGGUAGAUGAACUCAACGGUGUGUCUGUGUGUAGAUGUACUCCAUCCGCAGCCUGCCCAGCAUGGUGUACCGGGAGCAGCCAGAGGAAGACGGAGUAGAGGACAUGACGCAGCUGGAGUGAGAACACAACACAACACAACAGCCUUAUUUAAAGGAUGUGGAAGCUGCUAUUUCAGCUGGUCUGUGUGCUUCUGUGUCUGUUGUUCCAGGGAGCUGUCUGAGGGAUCUGUGCUGCUCAACCUGAAGAAGAGGUUUGAGAGAGAGAUCAUCUAUACAUAUAUAGGUAGUAUCCUGGUCUCGGUGAACCCCUAUAGGAUGUUCAACAUGUACGGAACUGACAUGGUGCUGAAGCACAAGGGAACCGCUCUGGGAGAGAACCCUCCACACCUGUUUGCCAUAGCAAACGUCUCCUACACCAAAAUGAUGGAUGCCAAACAGAACCAGGUUAUUAUAAUCAGUGGGGAGAGUGGAUCAGGGAAGACUGAGGCCACUAAACUGCUGCUGCGUUACCUAGCAGCAAUACACCACAAACACAAUGUUACACAACAGAUUCUUGAGGCAGCUCCUCUUCUAGAAUCCUUUGGAAAUGCCAAAACAGUUCGCAACGACAACUCCAGUCGCUUCGGGAAAUACGUGGAGAUCUAUCUGGAGGAGUGAGUAUGAUCUGGUAUAUAUUGAUCUAUCUGGAGGAGUGAGUAUGAUCUGGUAUAUAUUGAUCUAUCUGGAGGAGUGAGUAUGAUCUGGUAUAUAUUGAUCUAUCUGGAGGAGUGAGUACGAUCUGGUUUAUAUUGAUCUAUCUGGAACAGUGAAUAUGAUCUGGUAUAUAUAGAUCUAUCUGGAACAGUGAGUAUGAUCUGGUAUAAAAACAUCUAUCUGGAACAGUGAGUAUGAUCAAUAACUCUAUCCUCUGGUCUAUAACGGGCUAUCCUCUGGUCUAUAACGGCUAUCCUCUGGUCUAUAACCUCUAUCCUCUGGUCUAUAACCGCUAUCCUCUGGUCUAUAACCUCUAUCCUCUGGUCUAUAACCUCUAUCCUCUGGUCUAUAACCUCUAUCUUCUGGUCUAUAACCUCUAUCCUCUGGUCUAUAACCUCUAUCCUCUGGUCUAUAACCUCUAUCCUCUGGUCUAUAACCUCGAUCCUCUGGUCUAUAACCUCUAUACUCUGGUCUAUAACCUCUAUCCUCUGGUCUAUAACCUCUAUCCUCUGGUCUAUAUCCUCUAUCCUCUGGUCUAUAACCUCUAUCCUCUGGUCUAUAACCUCUAUCCUCUGGUCUAUAACCUCUAUCCUCUGGUCUAUAACCUCUAUCCUCUGGUCUAUAACCUCUAUCCUCUGGUCUAUAACCUCUAUCCUCUGGUCUAUAACCUAUUUCCUCUGGUCUAUAACCUAUUUCCUCUGGUCUAUAUCCUCUAUCCUCUGGUCUAUAUCCUCUAUCCUCUGGUCUAUAACUUCUAUCCUCUGGUCUAUAACCUCUAUCCUCUGGUCUAUAACCUCUAUCCUCUGGUCUAUAACCUCUAUCCUCUGGUCUCUAUCCUCUGGUCUAUAACCUCUAU